CCAGUAGUGCACAAGACUACUACAAUUUAUAAUAAUUUGUACGCCAAUAAAACAACCGAAACUGUAAUCGAACAGUUUGAUAAGCUCUAAAUAGUCGCCAAAGAGUGUCAGUAAGUUAAUCAGCAAAUAGGGGCAGGCCGCCACCGCCAGCCAGCGAUAUACAACACACAAGACAACGGCUAGCAGAGACAGAGAGCGAAACGAUUUGAGCAGCUAUCACAUUCUCAGAAUUUCCACUCAGUUGAGCAGUCGUUUAUCCAACGCUGUAGAUUCACAGAAAUGGGUGACAGCUCGGAUGACGAAUACUUGGGCACGGAAUGGAUUCCGUACAGCGAGCGCGCGGAGUGGGCCGAUAUAGCGCCGCUGGCCCAGGAUGACGGCCCCAACCCAGUGGUAUCCAUAGCCUACAGCCAGAAGUUUCGCGAGGUAUUCGAUUUCAUGCGUGCCAUAAUUGCCAAAGGAGAGAAGAGCCAGCGUGCCUUGGACCUGACCACAGACGCCCUGCGCCUGAACCCGGCCAACUACACGGUGUGGCAGUACAGGCGCGACAUACUGAGAGAGCUGAAGGCCGAUCUGAACGUGGAGCUGGACUACCUAAGCGAGGUGAUCGGUCAAAACUCGAAGAACUAUCAGGUGUGGCACCACAGGCGCGUCAUUGUCGAGAUGCUGAACGAUGCCAGCAACGAGCUGGAGUUGACGGAGAAUGCCCUGAUAAACGAUGGAGAUGCCAAAAACUAUCACGCCUGGCAGCAUCGCCAGUGGGCCAUACGCACAUUUAACCUCUAUGAUUCCGAGCUGUCUUUUGUGGAUCGCUUGAUCGGUGAGGACCAGCGCAACAAUUCGGCUUGGAAUCAGCGCUUCUUUGUGAUCAAGCACUUGGGCUUCAACCCUAACCUGGUCGAUCAAGAGCUGAUCUACGCUAUGAAUCGCAUUCGCAUCAUCAGAAACAACGAGAGUGCCUGGAACUAUUUGGUAGGAGUAAUCCGACAGAGCCCGUACGGAAACGGGCUGCUGAACAACCAUCCGGCUGUGGUGGAAUUCGCUGAGGAACUCUACCAGGCCGGCAACCGUUCGCCAUAUCUGAUGGCCUUCCUGAUCGACCUCUACCAGGAGCAGACAAUGCAGAACGAGUGCAGUGACCGCGAACAGAAAGCCCGCAAGGUGUAUGACCUCUGCGACGACAUGGCCAGCAAACACGAUGUGAUUCGGCGCAAAUACUGGCAGUAUGUAGCCAAUCAUUUGAAGGACCAGCUGAACAAGAGCUCUGAGAAGGCGAAGCAAUAGUUCCAUACUUGGCUUCGUCUUAGUUUUAAUCUAUCUGCGUACUUAGGCCUUCUUUAUACAGAAAUAAAUUUAAAUUGUAACCUACCUAUCAGCCAUGUUGCAAGCCCCAAA